AUGGCGUUCAACUUCGGUCAGGCCAAUGGUCCGUUCGCGGUGGCGCUGCGGCCGGUCGUAGGCGGAGUCAACGGACCAAACGAAGGACCACCACCGCCGAACAUGGCGUUCACCUAUGCAAGCGUGUAUCUUCCACCACCAGCCAAAGGAGACGGCUUCGCAACCUAUUACCGCCGAACCUACAGGCUGCCCACCACUUCCCAGAACAGCCAGGUGGGGCGCAAUCUUCGCCCGCCGAACUGGACAAUGGUUCGCUUGCCCAGAUCCCGGGAAAGUUCAUACAGUGAACAUUUCAGGACGGCCCAACGCCCGCAGGAAGAAGUGGAGGCCUACCGAAGGGCCAACGGUGUCACUGUCGAGGGACGUUGUGUGCCCAAGCCCAUCUUGCACCUCGACGAAUCCGGCUUUUCAGAAUCUCUAACCAAUGUCAUUGAAGCUCGAAACUCUGGCUCGUCACCGACCGCACUGCAAGCUCACUGUUGGCCCGUAGCACUCCGCGGAAGAGACGUCGUUGCCGUUGACUGCACUGCAAGCAAAGGAAAGUUGCUUGCCUACCUCGUCCCGGCCAUUGUACAUGCGCAGCGCCAGCCGGUCUUGCAGCACCCGCCGGCCGUGAUGCGCGGGGGUGGGCCUAUCGUUUUAGUGCUGACGGCGACGCGAGAGGUAGCCCAGCAGGUUGAUGUCGCUGCCCGCGAGCUCUGCGGGACUUCACGAACCCGGUCGAUCUGUCUGGUGUCCGGUGAUCGGAAGGAACAGCAGCUGGAACAGCUGAAGCAAGGCGCUGAUAUGUUAAUCGCGACGCCAGGUCGCCUCGUAGCCUUCAUGGAGGACUGCAAGGUGAACCUGAGUCACUGCACAUGCUUGGUAAUAGACGAAGCGGACCGCAUGUUGACGAUGGGGUUCUGUAAACAGCUUCGCAUCAUUUCGGACAACAUCCGACCGGACCGCCAAACGUUCGUGAUGCUGCAAUCGCAAACCUGUGAUACAGACCAGCUCGUCGACGAAAUGACGACGGACCCUGUCAUCGUCACCGUCGGAGCCGCGACCCAAGAAGACCAGAGCCGGGGAGCCGAGCACAUCGUCCUCGUCUGCAAGGAGGCCGAGAAAGAGGACAAGCUCUUUGCCCUUUUAAACGACACAAUGAACGACGAGAGCGACCGGGCCAUUGUAUUCGUCGAGAGGAAGCAAACUGUGGAGGACCUCGUGUCGAGCAUGCGCCGUCGGUGCUGGCCAGCCGUCGGCAUUCACGGAAAGAAGACCGAGCACGAACAGAAGUGGUCGUUGGACGCUCUUCGGUUGGGCAAGGCGUCCAUCUUGGUGGCGACCGACGUGGCGGCAAGGAACAUCAACAUGGACAACGUGCGAUACGUCAUCAGCUACGACUACCCGAGCAACCAUGGCGAAUACCCGCGCCGCCUGAAGCACGCGACGGCCAGGAAGUACACGUUCUUGGAACCCAAUGACUACGCGCAUGCUAGGGAGAUGAUCAGGUUCUUCCGCCAGACUAAACAGACGAUACCGCCGCAGCUACGCAAUCUUGCGAUUAAGACAUCACGAAAGUAG